AUGACGACUCCGUCGAUCAGAAUCCCAUUCACCGGCCCGCUGCCGCCACCAGUAAUUGUACCGCCAUCUGCUCAUACUGUUUCAGGAGCUAUUGAUGCUCUGUUGUCAUUUUUGACUGCUGCUCCGUCACCCUACCUUCGUGGAGUUGACGUCGGGAGGUAUUCCCAGACUGUUCUCUUGACUGGUGCGGGAAUCUCGGUGGCAUCUGGCUUGUCCGAUUAUCGAGGAGAGAACGGCACAUACGUCACAAACAAAACAUAUCGGCCUAUUUAUUUUCAUGAAUUUCUGACACGGCAUGAGUUUCGCAAGAGAUACUGGGCUAGGAGCUUUGUCGGCUGGCCAGGACUUGUGAAAGCAAAGCCCAACUCAACGCAUUGGGCUAUUAGGGACCUUAGCGCGAAGGGAUAUCUCAGCUCCGUAGUGACACAAAAUGUCGACUCUUUCCAUCCAAUAGCCCAUUCGAAACUACCAACCAUCGAACUUCAUGGCUACUUAAGAUCGGUCGUCUGUACCAGCUGUCACAAUCAAUUCCCUCGAGACGAAUUUCAGAAGUCCCUUGAAAAGCUCAAUCCAGCCUGGGCAGAGUUUUUGGCCAAGAUGGUUGACACCGGGGCUCUCAACACAAAUAAUCCCGAGGAACAGCGACGGAAAGGUCUUAAGCUUAACCCCGAUGGAGAUGUGGAUUUAGCCGAGGCGCCCUACUCUACGUUCCGAUACCCGUCUUGUUCUACAUGUUUAGAGAAACCUCCUCGUCUCCGAGAUGGCACGCCGGCUAGGGUAGAGGUAGAAAGCGACGGUGCAUGGCUACCAUCUUCGACUGCUGGAGUUUUGAAGCCUGCGGUCAUUAUGUUUGGCGAAAACAUUCACCCAGCAGUGAAAACGGCUGCAGAGGAGGCAAUUGAUGACGCAGGAAGGCUUCUCAUCCUUGGAAGCAGUCUUGCCACUUUUUCAGCAUGGAGGUUGGUCGAACGAGCUCAUAAAAGGGGUAUGCCCAUAGGCAUCAUCAAUAUUGGAGGGGUCCGAAAUGAGUCGGUCCUCUUUGGGAAGAUGGAGCCGGAUGCCCCUCAUAUUCGUUGCAGUCUCAACUCCAAUCUGAUUUUGCCCCCUGUUGCUGCCCAGCUCCCCUCUCUUACCCACGCAUGA